AUGGCGCCUCCCGGUCAGACGAAUUUCUCCCAAUCGGAUGAAGUUCACCCUAGGCCUGGGGUCGCGGGCGUGGAGAGUGUCCUGGGAGCGGGCGGCGGCGGCGGCGGGCGGCGGCGCGCUCGGCAGCGGCUCACGGCGCUCUUCCAGCCCGCGGCCCGGCCGCCGCGGCUCUCGGCUCGCGCGCGCCCUCCCUCUAUGCCUCUCCCGCGGCGGCGGCGCCCCAGCUCUCCCGGACCGCGCCGGGCCCAGCCCCGGCCGCCUCGGCGCCAGGCAGCCGGCCGGCCCGCGCGCCAUGGACGCGUCGGAAGUCGCGAAAGGGCACGGAGGGCUGAAGCGCGCGGCUCCCCCUCCGUGGUCCCUGCGCGCGUGCCAACUCCCGGGACCGGGACCGGGUCCGUUUGCUCGGAUUCCGAGGACCCGCCGGUCACCUUCAGAGGUGCCGCGGGUGCAGCCCCUGUCCCUGCGCGGCCACCCUCGGCUAACCCGCCGGUGUUCUUUCCCCUCCCCUCAUUCUCGUCGGGCGCGUCCGCAGAGCAGACGUACGGCGAGGUGAACCAGCUGGGCGGCGUGUUCGUCAACGGCCGCCCCCUGCCCAACGCCAUCCGCCUGCGCAUCGUGGAGCUGGCGCAGCUGGGCAUCCGACCCUGUGACAUCAGCCGGCAGCUUCGCGUAUCCCACGGCUGUGUGAGCAAGAUCCUGGCGCGCUACAACGAGACGGGCUCCAUCCUGCCCGGGGCCAUUGGGGGCAGCAAACCCCGCGUCACUACCCCCAACGUGGUCAAGCACAUCCGGGACUACAAGCAGGGCGACCCCGGCAUCUUUGCCUGGGAGAUCCGAGACCGGCUGCUGGCCGACGGCGUCUGCGACAAGUACAACGUGCCCUCUGUGAGUUCAAUCAGCCGCAUCCUGCGCAAUAAGAUUGGCAGCCUGGCUCAGCCCGGCCCGUACGAGGCGAGCAAGCAGCCGCCGCCGCAGCCGGCGCUGCCCUAUAACCACAUCUACCAGUAUCCCUACCCCAGCCCCGUGUCGCCCACGGGCACCAAGAUGGGCAGCCACCACGGGGUCCCGGGCACAGCGGGCCACGUCAGCAUCCCCCGUUCAUGGCCCUCGGCUCACUCGGUCAGCAAUAUCCUGGGCAUCCGUACGUUUAUGGAGCAAACAGGGGCCCUGGGGGGGAGCGAAGGCACCGCCUACUCCCCGAAGAUGGAAGACUGGGCCGGCGUGAACCGCACGGCCUUCCCAGCCAGCCCAGCCGUGAACGGGCUCGAGAAACCUGCCUUGGAGGCAGACAUUAAAUACACGCAGUCGGCCUCCGGCCUCCCCGCGGUGGGCGGUUUCCUCCCGGCCUGCGCCUACCCGGCCUCCAACCAGCACGGUGUGUACAGCUCGCCGGCCGGCGGCUACCUCGCCCCGGGCCCGCCGUGGCCGCCGGCGCAGGGGCCCCCGCUGGCGCCCCCCGGGGCCGGCGUCACCGUACACGGCGGGGAGCUUGCCGCAGCCGUGACCUUCAAGCAUCCCAGCCGAGAAGUGGCCGACCGGAAGCCGCCCAGCCCCGGCGGCAAGGCCCCCGACGGCCUCGGGAGCUUACACGGACUGCCCGUCCCGGCCUCGACCUCCUAGGGCCGCGCGGCCAUGAGCCGAGCCCAAGCCCGAGCCCGGAGGCGGCGGCGGAGCGGCGGGCGCAGUGGGACGCGGACCCGAGGACUCGCCGCGGCCGAAGUGCCCAUCAGCCCCGGCCUCGCCCGGCCCCGCGCCCGGCAGCCGCGUUUCCUCCGUUGGCCAGGGUUUUCGGCUUCUCUGAAUUUUGCCUUCAGACUGUUGCAUCCUCGUCGCCGCGACCUUUGCUCUGACGUGGCCUGCCUCGUCCAGCCGGCCUCCAGCGUCUUUUCCUACUUCUCCCCGGGCUGUUUGGCACCGCCCUUCCCUCCCUUUCUCUCCCUUCCCCUCUCUCCCUCUUUCCGGCUCUGCCUCGCUUCCCUUCUUCCUCCCUUUCCUCCCUCCUUCCUCCUCAGCCUUCUUUCCUUCCCCACCUUCGCCCUCUUCAUUUUCCCCUUUAUCUCGCUUCCUUUCCUCCCUCCAUCUCCCCGUCUACGUGGGCUCCCUUUCCUGUGGUCCAGCCGGGUCCGCAGUCUUCUCUCCUUGGCCUGUACAAGUCACGACUCUGCCUCUCCUGAUUGGCACUGCCCGGACCCUCACCCCCUUGCCGAGAGCACCAGACCCGUCUCCAGGACAGGCCCUCCUCUCUUUAGCCUCCACCCCUCCGGGGGCCCCAGGCCUCACCGAGGGGCUCCAACCUGGGAAAUGGAGAAGCCACAGCUUUUAUUUCAUAUUUUUAUAACCAUGAACCCAAACAAAACCUCGGUGAACUGUCCCUUCUUCUCCCCCACCCCACCACCCCAAGGAUACUAUCUGGAAAUAUUCUUGUUUGGAUGUUUUCUCGGUGCCCAGUGGCUGGGCUUCUCUUUGCUUCCUCUGAGAUGAUGUCACCCCAAAGAAGACUGAGGUAGGAGUAGGGGAACUGGGCCCGCUGUGUUUUCUGUAGUUAGAAAACCAUGCGUGCCCUGGAGGUGCCCCCUCCUACCCCUCCACACCCAACAGGAGGGAAUCUGGCAUAUGGUAGACGCAUCAGCACUGUUUUUUGGUAUUCAGGGGUCAGCACAUUUGUUAAUUUAAACCACAAACUGCUUCCGGGUACAAAGGUGCAAUCUGGCUUCUGGUUUGCAAAGGGAUGGGGGUCAGAAAAAUCCAGAAAGUGUCUUCUAGAGCAGGACACAAGCUCUGUUCACUGCUCCCAAGUUCAGGACCACUGGUGGCAGGACCCUGGACAUAAAACUGCAAUCUCUGUAGUCAGAAAAAUGUCACUGGUGAGAGUCUGACAUCACCUGUUAACCGUGGCUACCUUUGAAUAAAGGAAAGCGUCUGUAUGUGUGCUUUGUAAGGGUGAGUGAGUCUGUGUCCAGCCUGGAGUGUUGUAUAGGUAUGUCUCACUGACUUAGCCCCUGGGUUUCCAGCAUAAACACUAUUAAGAGGGAAUUGUUCGGGACUUCCCUGACAGUCCAGUGGUUAGGAUCCCAUGCUUCCAAUGCAGGGGGCAUGGGUUCGAUCCCUGGUUGGGGGAACUAAGAUCCUGCAAAGAGGGAUUUGUUUUAUUGGUUUACUCCUUAGCACUUUGUAACCCAGGUUGAGGUAGAAGAGAAAAUGAGAGGGGAGGAACAUUUUCAGGGAUAGUCCGUGGAAACUCGAGGUAGAGAGACAGAAUGCAGAAACCAUCCUAAAAUGAAGUGAAUUCUUAGAGGAAAAAAAUGGGCAGAAGGCAGUGAGGAACAAUGAACGACUUUCCCAGAACAUUUUUUUAACAUUCUAAAGCUAAAGAAAACUACCACAGGCUACUAAAUAACCUAGGGAUUUCUCACUGCAGAGGAGUCUCUGGCUACUUGUUUUGUUUUUCCUCCCACUGUUUGCUUUUCUAAAACUGACAGCAGAGAUUUUCGAAUUGAAGGUUUUGCUUGUAAGUGGAGCUUUCUGCUUGGAGGGAACCGGUGGGGAAAUUCUUUUCAUUGCAUCUCACUGCAAUAGUACCUGCUGGAGGUAUUCAUCAAAACUAAUGAAAAGAGUAUCUGCUUUUUUUUUUCAUAUAGAGGCUUUUCUUCCCAGGUCUUCAAAGUCUCUCGCUUAUACAAAAAGUUCCAUUUUAUAAACGGGAAUAUUGAGGGUUAGAGACCUAGUUUAUUUCUCUGGACCACAUACAAGCAAGCUUCGGAUCACAGAGUUUGGACGUGGAAACUGAGUGAUACCAUCUCAUUAGAGAGCCAGGAUUGGGGCUCAAACUUUGAGCCUGGGGUCCUCAGCCUUCCGUGCCAGCAUUUCCUGCAGAGAGGCUGCUCAUAAUGAUAACAGGAAUAAAGUAUUUAGAUGAGCUUGAGGUGCUCAGUCGUCCACAGCAUCUCACACAUCCAUCCUUGCUGCCUGGAGGACUGGCUGGCUUGGGCCAGGAAGAAGGCACCUCACCUUUUCCGAAGAAAUGAGAAGAAUCCAUCUCUCAUUGCUGUCAUCCUUUUUUUCCCCCUCUACCACGUCUUGCUCUGUGUAUGGGCUGACUGGGAUCAGGGGUGAGAAGAGCUGGAAAAUGCAGUCCAGGAAGGAUGGAGGCUGCCACCUGCAGAGGGAGGCACUUUCCAAGUCUGUCCCCUGCAGCUUCCUGGUGUGGCUGGAGGAGGGCCUUCAAGGGUCACCGGCGCCGAGGGCGCAUUCACGGAGGAUGGACAGCAUCUGGUCAGAGGGCCAGCACGCUUUGUCACGUCCUGAGGGAUACGCAGGGCUCUCCCUCCUCCCUGGAGGCUGCGGGCCCUGGAAAGUCCCAGCGAGCUUAGGUGAAACCCCUGUUCCAUUCAGUGAGGAGGCCUGUGACUUCGCUAAGCCUUGGUGUCCUGUCUGUGAAAUGCACCCUCCCAUGCGGUGACACCACUGGCCUGCUGGAAGCCCAGCCCUGGUGUUGCUUCACCUGUCUGGAGAUGAUUAUUUUUUCCGCUGUUAACAAAAGGGCAGGGGAGUCGUUUUUAUGGUUGAUGGAAGGACUCAGAAUUGAAACACUUUUCAAAAGAGCCCAUUAAGGAUUGCAUUUUUGUUCUCUCUGCAUGUCUGUCGAUCUG